AUGUCAGAUAGCAGCUCGGCAGAGGAUGUCCACGGGACAACUUCUCACCAUGAUGCAAGGGAUGAAAAAAUGGAGAACAUUAACAAUGAAUCGUUGUUCAAGCCAAGGAUGGGAGAGUCUUCUUCGAAUGAUCUGGAGAAUGACUCUUUGGUCGAUGGAGAUGUUAAUAGCGCUGGCGACGGUAAUGUGCUAGGGCAGUAUUCAGUAAAGCAGGUAAUGCAGAUGGGUAGGCAUUUUGCUGAGAAGCACGGCUUGCCCAAUGACGACGAUAUUUUUGCGCGGGCUGCUGCCUUGGCCAGAGAUCCAAAUAGAUAUGACCAUAUGGACUUUCUCUCGGAAGAUGAACGCAUUGCAUGUUACGAUGAAUCGCAUAGACCGUGGACAUCAAUGACGCGGACGUUGAUUGCAAUCAUUUGCGCAUCUGCAAUGUCAGCGGGCGUGCAGGGUAUGGAUGAAACGGUUAUAAACGGUGCCAUGUUAUUCUAUCCGAAAGUUUUGGGAUUGGGAAGCGGAAGUGAUAGGGAUAAUUGGAUUGAAGGUUUGAUUAACGGUGCUCCCUACUUGUGUUGUGCUGGCUUUUCGUGCUGGACCACGGAUUGGCUGAAUAAUAGGAUGGGGCGUAAGAACGUCAUUUUCUUUACAUGUUUAGUUUCGGCUAUUUCAUGUUUCUUGCAGGGUUUUGGGCCUGUUGGUGAAAGCGGCUGGCAUUAUCUUCUGGCGAUGAGAAUGCUAUUGGGUGUCGGUAUCGGUCCAAAAAGUGCGACUACCAAUGUUUAUCUGGCAGAAUGUGCUAGUAAACAGAUUAGAGGUAGUGUCACAAUGAUGUGGCAACUGAACACAGCCUUUGGUAUUCUGUGGGGUUACGUCUUUUCGCUUAUAUUUUACCAUGUUGGUCCUCAUGGAAUAGCUGGCGGUUUGAAUUGGAGGCUCAUGUUGGGCAGUGCUAUGAUUCCUGCUCUUUUCGUUAUGGUCCAAAUUCCCUUCUGUCCGGAAUCCCCUCGUUGGCUCAUGGGUAAAGGAAGAUACAAAGAAGCGUUUGACAAUACUGUCAAGAUUAGACCUCACAAGAUUUUGGCAUGUCGUGACAUAUUUUAUCAGCAUAUAUUAAUGAUGGAGGAAGAAUCCCUGCAGCUGCCUUUUGCUACCAGAUUAAAGGAAAUGAUCACUGUCAGAAGAAACAGAAACGGUCUGCUCGCUUCGUGCGUCUGUGCUUUCAUGCAACAAUUCUGUGGUAUUAACGUCAUUGCGUAUUACUCAUCUACUAUCUUUGUAGAGAGUGGCUUUGCUACUCUGAACGCAUUACUGGCAUCGUUCGGAUUUGGUUUAAUCAACACAGUGUUCGCAUUGCCAGCUUUCUUGAUGAUCGACCGAUUUGGAAGAAGGUUUUUGCUACUGCGCACAUUCCCCUGGUUGGCGCUCUUCCUAUUGAUAGCAGGCUUUGGCUUUUGGAUCCCACAGGACAGAGGUGAUGCAAAGAUAGGUGUCGUUACAAUGGGUAUAUAUGUUUUCAGUGCCAUUUACAGUUUCAGUUGCGGACCUGUACCAUUCAUCAUUGCCGCAGAAUCCGCAAACCUGGCAUCUCGGUCUUUGAACGCAUCCAUUUUCACCGUUGUCUUAUGGGGAUUCAACUUCAUUUUGAGUGUCACCUGGCCAAGUAUGCUUAAGGCUAUGAAGCCACAAGGUGCUUUCGGUUUUUAUUCAUUUUGGAAUGUGGCUGGGUUUUUUAUGGUGUAUUUCUUUCUACCUGAAACGAAGCAAUAUACUUUGGAAGAAUUAGACGAAAUAUUCGAUGUCCCAUUGCGCAAACGUGUUGCUUACGAAUUUAAAGAAAUGUGGCCAAACUUCCAAGAGACUAUCCUAAGAAAAAAGAACGUCAAAAGACAGCCUCCACUAAUACCACAUCAUAGAAUAGCUUUAAAAUCAGAUGAAUGGAAUGAUAAGGCCACCACAGAGUUUGUGGAAGACGCAAAAUGA